AUGCGUUGUUCUCAGCACCCAGCGCAGAGGUUCGGCAACAAGAGUCGCUGCUGGAAGGCGAAACAGGGUUCAUAUGUCAACGGUGAUGAGGAGGGCAGCGAACGUUGGGAGGACGAGACUGGUGCGUAUAUCGAGGAGGAUCAUCCAGAAGAGGAUCCUGAAGAUGACGAGGCCGUCUACCUCUCAGAGGCCUACCGAGAAUGGGAGGUGCACUAUCUGAGACGCCUGGCCAUGAGAAUCCACCGACUUCUCACCCUUGAGUUGGACCGUGCUGAGGAGGCUUUGUUUGCCGUCUUCGUCCAGCACGAUGCCAAUCUGGAUGGACGCGUGCGUGGCGAGGAAGCAUCAAAGCUGAUGCAGGCCUCCAAGACUGUGAUGCUGCCCUUGAAUGCUAGCCUCAACGAGUUGUCAGCG